AUGGGUGCUAUCAAGGUCCUCAUUGGGUUGUGGCUGCUCAGUAUCCUGAGCGCAAAUGCGUCAAGCAUUCCAGCAGUCCAAAGCGUCCGCAUUACCGAUGAACAGAGCGACUACAAUCAAGACAGCAAUGAAUCGAAAGCCUACAUAAAAGACCGUUUGGGUAUACGAGGAUAUUCAGCAAGAAGCGACUCCGAACAACUAGAUGAAUCCAGUUCAUCACUAACAUCAGACGCCACAGGUACCACAAAAACUGCCAACGCUAGAGGCUUUGCAAAUGAGGCAGAGAGUUUGAACACCUUCUCUGUCAGUGCUGAUGGUAGACAGAAGAGUAAAUUUGCAAGUGAAAGAGCAGCCAGUGAAGCGUAUGAUAAGAAGAAGUUUGAAUACGUUGGAGCUGAUGGUACAGUGGUUAAGAAUGAAGAGUCUGAUGAAUCUGAGAGCAGUUCUACGUCGACUAGUAGUACUACUGUAGUUGAGUCGCCGCCCGCUGAGGAUUAUAAUCAUAAAGCUCAUCACCAAAAAGUCUGGGUAAACGUCGAUGUACCAGAUAUUGCUGGCUCCGGAGAAACCGACUGGGCUGUUGAGGAGAAGAUCGAGACCUUAGAAAAUGGCGUACCUUGUGUUUUGAUGAAAGUGGUAGCUAAAAAACCUAAGAAGAGCACAGUAAUCAGCAGUUCUUCCUCAAGCUCACACAAUGCUCAUCAUAGUUCCAAGUCAUCUACUUCCAUAACUCCAGGAUCACCAAACGUCGGGCCAGGAGGACCAAGGUAUCUUGGACCACCGGUAGUAGCUCCUGGAGAAAACAAUCCUGCUGCAACCCGUCCGGUAGCCAUACCAGCUUCUUCAUCACCAAUCAUCGUGCAAAGUCGGGACACCACUUCGGUCGGUUCAGUGACCACUACCAGCGCAACUAGUACUGGGCCAAACGGAGCUCAGUCUACAUCUGGGAGCAGUGUCAAUGUUGGUCAAACAUCUUCAGGUAUCGACGUAGUUAUUGGACCUGGAAGCAACGGAUAUGGUGGACCGGGCAGCCCAACAAUCAUCGUGCAAGGACGGGACACAAAUCAAGUUGCUUCGGCUAAUUCUAACGGCGCAAGCGUUGUUGGUCCGAAUGGAGCUCAGUCUACAUCGGGGGGCAGUGUCAAUGUUGGCCAAACAUCUUCAGGUAUUGAUGUAGCUAUUAGACCCGGUAAUAACGGAUGGGGUGGAUCAGGAAACCAAGUAACUAUCAUCCAAGGAGGAGACACUUCCCAGGUCGGUUCAACGGCUGCAAACGGUGCCAGUGGCACUGAUGGCAAUGGCGCUUGGACGGCAAAUGGUGGCUCCAGCAAUGUUGGCCAAACCACUUCUGGCACAGACGUAGUUACUACUGGCAACGACAACGGAUGGUACGGACCAGGACCCCAAACGACCGUCGUCCAAGGAGGAGACACUUCCCAGGUCGGUUCAACGGCAGCAAACGGUGCCAGUGGCACUGAUGGCAAUGGCGCUUGGACGGCAAAUGGUGGCUCCAGCAAUGUUGGCCAAACCACUUCUGGCACAGACGUAGUUACUACUGGCAACGACAACGGAUGGUACGGACCAGGACCCCAAACGACCGUCGUCCAAGGAGGAGACACUUCUCAGGUCGGUUCAACGACAGCAAACGGUGCCAGUGGCACUGAUGGCAAUGGCGCUUGGACGGCAAAUGGUGGCUCCAGCAAUGUUGGCCAAACCACUUCUGGCACAGACGUAGUUACUACUGGCAACGACAACGGAUGGUACGGACCAGGACCCCAAACGACCGUCGUCCAAGGAGGAGACACUUCCCAGGUCGGUUCAACGGCAGCAAACGGUGCCAGUGGCACUGAUGGCAAUGGCGCUUGGACGGCAAAUGGUGGCUCCAGCAAUGUUGGCCAAACCACUUCUGGCACAGACGUAGUUACUACUGGCAACGACAACGGAUGGUACGGACCAGGACCCCAAACGACCGUCGUCCAAGGAGGAGACACUUCCCAGGUCGGUUCAACGACAGCAAACGGUGCCAGUGGCACUGAUGGCAAUGGCGCUUGGACGGCAAAUGGUGGCUCCAGCAAUGUUGGCCAAACCACUUCUGGCACAGACGUAGUUACUACUGGCAACGACAACGGAUGGUACGGACCAGGACCCCAAACGACCGUCGUCCAAGGAGGAGACACUUCCCAGGUCGGUUCAACGACAGCAAACGGUGCCAGUGGCACUGAUGGCAAUGGCGCUUGGACGGCAAAUGGUGGCUCCAGCAAUGUUGGCCAAACCACUUCUGGCACAGACGUAGUUACUACUGGCAACGACAACGGAUGGUACGGACCAGGACCCCAAACGACCGUCGUCCAAGGAGGAGACACUUCCCAGGUCGGUUCAACGACAGCAAACGGUGCCAGUGGCACUGAUGGCAAUGGCGCUUGGACGGCAAAUGGUGGCUCCAGCAAUGUUGGCCAAACCACUUCUGGCACAGACGUAGUUACUACUGGCAACGACAACGGAUGGUACGGACCAGGACCCCAAACGACCGUCGUCCAAGGAGGAGACACUUCCCAGGUCGGUUCAACGACAGCAAACGGUGCCAGUGGCACUGAUGGCAAUGGCGCUUGGACGGCAAAUGGUGGCUCCAGCAAUGUUGGCCAAACCACUUCUGGCACAGACGUAGUUACUACUGGCAACGACAACGGAUGGUACGGACCAGGACCCCAAACGACCGUCGUCCAAGGAGGAGACACUUCCCAGGUCGGUUCAACGACAGCAAACGGUGCCAGUGGCACUGAUGGCAAUGGCGCUUGGACGGCAAAUGGUGGCUCCAGCAAUGUUGGCCAAACCACUUCUGGCACAGACGUAGUUACUACUGGCAACGACAACGGAUGGUACGGACCAGGACCCCAAACGACCGUCGUCCAAGGAGGAGACACUUCCCAGGUCGGUUCAACGACAGCAAACGGUGCCAGUGGCACUGAUGGCAAUGGCGCUUGGACGGCAAAUGGUGGCUCCAGCAAUGUUGGCCAAACCACUUCUGGCACAGACGUAGUUACUACUGGCAACGACAACGGAUGGUACGGACCAGGACCCCAAACGACCGUCGUCCAAGGAGGAGACACUUCCCAGGUCGGUUCAACGACAGCAAACGGUGCCAGUGGCACUGAUGGCAAUGGCGCUUGGACGGCAAAUGGUGGCUCCAGCAAUGUUGGCCAAACCACUUCUGGCACAGACGUAGUUACUACUGGCAACGACAACGGAUGGUACGGACCAGGACCCCAAACGACCGUCGUCCAAGGAGGAGACACUUCCCAGGUCGGUUCAACGACAGCAAACGGUGCCAGUGGCACUGAUGGCAAUGGCGCUUGGACGGCAAAUGGUGGCUCCAGCAAUGUUGGCCAAACCACUUCUGGCACAGACGUAGUUACUACUGGCAACGACAACGGAUGGUACGGACCAGGACCCCAAACGACCGUCGUCCAAGGAGGAGACACUUCCCAGGUCGGUUCAACGACAGCAAACGGUGCCAGUGGCACUGAUGGCAAUGGCGCUUGGACGGCAAAUGGUGGCUCCAGCAAUGUUGGCCAAACCACUUCUGGCACAGACGUAGUUACUACUGGCAACGACAACGGAUGGUACGGACCAGGACCCCAAACGACCGUCGUCCAAGGAGGAGACACUUCCCAGGUCGGUUCAACGACAGCAAACGGUGCCAGUGGCACUGAUGGCAAUGGCGCUUGGACGGCAAAUGGUGGCUCCAGCAAUGUUGGCCAAACCACUUCUGGCACAGACGUAGUUACUACUGGCAACGACAACGGAUGGUACGGACCAGGACCCCAAACGACCGUCGUCCAAGGAGGAGACACUUCCCAGGUCGGUUCAACGACAGCAAACGGUGCCAGUGGCACUGAUGGCAAUGGCGCUUGGACGGCAAAUGGUGGCUCCAGCAAUGUUGGCCAAACCACUUCUGGCACAGACGUAGUUACUACUGGCAACGACAACGGAUGGUACGGACCAGGACCCCAAACGACCGUCGUCCAAGGAGGAGACACUUCCCAGGUCGGUUCAACGACAGCAAACGGUGCCAGUGGCACUGAUGGCAAUGGCGCUUGGACGGCAAAUGGUGGCUCCAGCAAUGUUGGCCAAACCACUUCUGGCACAGACGUAGUUACUACUGGCAACGACAACGGAUGGUACGGACCAGGACCCCAAACGACCGUCGUCCAAGGAGGAGACACUUCCCAGGUCGGUUCAACGACAGCAAACGGUGCCAGUGGCACUGAUGGCAAUGGCGCUUGGACGGCAAAUGGUGGCUCCAGCAAUGUUGGCCAAACCACUUCUGGCACAGACGUAGUUACUACUGGCAACGACAACGGAUGGUACGGACCAGGACCCCAAACGACCGUCGUCCAAGGAGGAGACACUUCCCAGGUCGGUUCAACGACAGCAAACGGUGCCAGUGGCACUGAUGGCAAUGGCGCUUGGACGGCAAAUGGUGGCUCCAGCAAUGUUGGCCAAACCACUUCUGGCACAGACGUAGUUACUACUGGCAACGACAACGGAUGGUACGGACCAGGACCCCAAACGACCGUCGUCCAAGGAGGAGACACUUCCCAGGUCGGUUCAACGACAGCAAACGGUGCCAGUGGCACUGAUGGCAAUGGCGCUUGGACGGCAAAUGGUGGCUCCAGCAAUGUUGGCCAAACCACUUCUGGCACAGACGUAGUUACUACUGGCAACGACAACGGAUGGUACGGACCAGGACCCCAAACGACCGUCGUCCAAGGAGGAGACACUUCCCAGGUCGGUUCAACGACAGCAAACGGUGCCAGUGGCACUGAUGGCAAUGGCGCUUGGACGGCAAAUGGUGGCUCCAGCAAUGUUGGCCAAACCACUUCUGGCACAGACGUAGUUACUACUGGCAACGACAACGGAUGGUACGGACCAGGACCCCAAACGACCGUCGUCCAAGGAGGAGACACUUCCCAGGUCGGUUCAACGACAGCAAACGGUGCCAGUGGCACUGAUGGCAAUGGCGCUUGGACGGCAAAUGGUGGCUCCAGCAAUGUUGGCCAAACCACUUCUGGCACAGACGUAGUUACUACUGGCAACGACAACGGAUGGUACGGACCAGGAGAUCAAACGACCGUCGUCCAAGGAGGAGACACUUCCCAGGUCGGUUCAACGACAGCAAACGGUGCCAGUGGCACUGAUGGCAAUGGCGCUUGGACGGCAAAUGGUGGCUCCAGCAAUGUUGGCCAAACCACUUCUGGCACAGACGUAGUUACUACUGGCAACGACAACGGAUGGUACGGACCAGGAGAUCAAACGACCGUCGUCCAAGGAGGAGACACUUCCCAGGUCGGUUCAACGACAGCAAACGGUGCCAGUGGCACUGAUGGCAAUGGCGCUUGGACGGCAAAUGGUGGCUCCAGCAAUGUUGGCCAAACCACUUCUGGCACAGACGUAGUUACUACUGGCAACGACAACGGAUGGUACGGACCAGGAGAUCAAACGACCGUCGUCCAAGGAGGAGACACUUCCCAGGUCGGUUCAACGACAGCAAACGGUGCCAGUGGCACUGAUGGCAAUGGCGCUUGGACGGCAAAUGGUGGCUCCAGCAAUGUUGGCCAAACCACUUCUGGCACAGACGUAGUUACUACUGGCAACAACAACGGAUGGUACGGACCAGGAGAUCAAACGACCGUCGUCCAAGGAGGAGACACUUCCCAGGUCGGUUCAACGGCAGCAAACGGUGCCAGUGGCACUGAUGGCAAUGGCGCUUGGACGGCAAAUGGUGGCUCCAGCAAUGUUGGCCAAACCACUUCUGGCACAGACGUAGUUACUACUGGCAACGACAACGGAUGGUACGGACCAGGACCCCAAACGACCGUCGUCCAAGGAGGAGACACUUCCCAGGUCGGUUCAACGACAGCAAACGGUGCCAGUGGCACUGAUGGCAAUGGCGCUUGGACGGCAAAUGGUGGCUCCAGCAAUGUUGGCCAAACCACUUCUGGCACAGACGUAGUUACUACUGGCAACGACAACGGAUGGUACGGACCAGGACCCCAAACGACCGUCGUCCAAGGAGGAGACACUUCCCAGGUCGGUUCAACGACAGCAAACGGUGCCAGUGGCACUGAUGGCAAUGGCGCUUGGACGGCAAAUGGUGGCUCCAGCAAUGUUGGCCAAACCACUUCUGGCACAGACGUAGUUACUACUGGCAACGACAACGGAUGGUACGGACCAGGAGAUCAAACGACCGUCGUCCAAGGAGGAGACACUUCCCAGGUCGGUUCAACGACAGCAAACGGUGCCAGUGGCACUGAUGGCAAUGGCGCUUGGACGGCAAAUGGUGGCUCCAGCAAUGUUGGCCAAACCACUUCUGGCACAGACGUAGUUACUACUGGCAACGACAACGGAUGGUACGGACCAGGACCCCAAACGACCGUCAUCCAAGGAGGAGACACUUCCCAGGUCGGUUCAACGGUAUCAAACGGUGCCAGUGGCACUGAUGGCAAUGGCGCUUGGACGGCAAAUGGUGGCUCCAGCAAUGUUGGCCAAACCACUUCUGGCACAGACGUAGUUACUACUGGCAUCGACAACGGAUGGUACGGACCAGGAGACCAAACGACCGUCGUCCAAGGAGGUGACACUUCCCAGGUCGGUUCAACGGCUGCAAACGGUGCCAGUGGCACUGAUGGCAAUGGCGCUUGGACGGCAAAUGGUGGCUCCAGCAAUGUUGGCCAAACCACUUCUGGCACAGACGUAGUUAUUGCUCCAAACGGUGGAUCAGGAAGCCCAGUCUUAAUCGUCCAGGGUGGAGACACUACCCAAGUUGGUUCAACGACAGCAAACGGUGCUAGUGGUACUGACCUUGGUCAACCUGAGCCUAUUGUCAUUGAUGAUGUGGAUAUAGCUGACGAUUGGACAGGAGACGUGGAAGAAACUCAGGUUGCUCCAACUGUGGUUGGAUGGAGUAAGGACCGUAGACCUAUUAUCAUCCCUCGUCGUCGAUGCCGAGGAUCCAUAUGCAUUUGCUAUGGACAUGUUAGAGAUAUACCAAGACAACUGCGCAGACAAAUUGGACUUUAG